CGCCGCCCCCAGCGCCGCCCCGCCCGGCCGCCCCCCCGCCCCCGCGGCCCCGGCCGUCGGAGACAGAUGACAGUGACGCUACCUGGGUAACUGCCCUGGGCCGCUGCGUGUGCACUGCCUGACAGAGGGAGCCGCCGCGUUAAUGCCUAGACUCCUUGACUAACAGAUUAGCCGGUCGCUCGAUGGGGAGCAACGGUGGAGCCCCUUCCCGUGUCAGCGCCCCGCCUCUCCGCAGCCACAGAGACCACGUCUGCACCUCCUCGGUCAUAAUGAUGAAACUGGUAUUAACUGAAUGGCCAUUAUGGAUUUGUAACUCGCACUCACAGUAAUCCACAGCCACAUGCUCAGAAUCCAGCCAGAAGGCGCUCUGCUGGCUGCGCGCUGUGUCCGAGGGGGCAGUUGUACCGAGAGGAAUAGAAGGAUUACUCGCCGGGGAACGCCACGGAAGCAGAGAGCGGCGACGUCUUAACUUACCCUCACAGAUACACGGUGGUGCUGUUUAUAUAGGUAGAGUAAGGGAGCACAGAGCUGUCCGGUGGUGAUGAGAAUGGCCCCGCAGAAUGCCGACUCGGAGUCUCUGCCCGUGGCCCUGCCCGAGCUGCGGAAGCCUGCGGGCGCCGGCCCCGAGCCGCGCGACGAGACCGUCAGCGAGGGCUCCAUCGACCGCAUCCCCGUGCGCCUGUGGGUGAUGCACGGGGCCGUGAUGUUCGGCAGGGAGUUCUGCUACGCCAUGGAGACGGCCCUGGUCACGCCCAUCCUGCUGCAGAUCGGCCUCCCGGAGCAGUACUACAGCCUCACCUGGUUCCUGAGCCCCAUCCUCGGCCUCAUCUUCACGCCGCUCAUCGGCUCCGCGAGUGACCGCUGCACCCUGAGCUGGGGCCGGCGGCGGCCCUUCAUCCUCGCCCUGUGCGUGGGCGUGCUCUUCGGGGUGGCGCUCUUCCUCAACGGCUCUGCCCUCGGCCUGGUCCUCGGGGACGUGCCUGGCCGGCAGCCCAUCGGCAUCGUGCUCACCGUGCUGGGUGUGGUGGUCCUGGACUUCAGCGCCGACGCGACCGAGGGGCCCAUCCGCGCCUACCUGCUGGACGUGGUGGACAGCGAGGAGCAGGACAUGGCCCUCAACAUCCACGCCUUCUCUGCCGGCCUCGGCGGGGCCAUCGGCUACGUGCUGGGGGGGCUGGACUGGACGCAGACCUUCUUGGGCUCCUGGUUCCGGACGCAGAACCAGGUGCUGUUCUUCUUCGCGGCCGUGGUGUUCACGGCGUCGGUGGCCCUGCACCUGUGCAGCAUCGAGGAGGAGCAGUACUGCCCCCAGCAGGAGCGCGCCGAGCCCGCCCCGCCCGCCCCGCCCGGCCUCCUGGACGGCGGCCUGUUCCCCGACGAGGUGCAGUCGGAGCAGGAGCUGGCGCUGGACUGCCUGGGCGCCGAGCUGGUGCGGAGCAAGAGCGACUCGGUGCUGCACGUGCCGGACGCGGCGCUGGACCUGGAGCCCGAGCUGCUGUUCCUCCGCGGCAUCGAGCCCUCCAUCUUCCACGACGCCUCGGGCCCCGGCACGCCCCACAGCGCCAGCCAGGACCUGGGCCCCGCCCCGCCGCCCCGCCUGUCCUCGCCGCUCGGCGACACCACCAAAGAGGACGCCGUGCUGCUGGAGCGCCACGUGCACGAGGCCCACGUCCCCAACGGCAGCGGCUCUCCCCCGAGGGACGGCCCCCCCGGCUACGGCGCCGUGGACCCGAAGCCCUCGGCCGCGUCCAGCGCCCUACGGCGGCGCAGGCACGGCUUCCGCCGCCAGGCCUCCAGCACCUUCUCCUACUACGGCAAGAUCGGCUCCCACCGCUACCGCUACCGGCGCGCCAACGCCGUGGUGCUGAUCAAGCCCUCGCGCAGCAUGAGCGACCUGUACGACCUGCAGAAGCGGCAGCGGCAGCGCAGCCGGCACCGCAACCAGAGCGGGGCCACCACCUCGAGCGGCGACACGGAGAGCGAGGAGGGCGAGGGCGAGACCACCGUGCGGCUGCUCUGGCUGUCCAUGCUGAAGAUGCCGCGCGAGCUGCUGCGGCUCUGCCUCUGCCACCUGCUCACCUGGUUCUCCGUCAUCGCCGAGGCCGUCUUCUACACCGACUUCAUGGGCCAGGUCAUCUUCGAGGGGGACCCCAAGGCUCCCUCCAACUCCACCGCCUGGCAGGCCUACAACGCCGGCGUCAAGAUGGGCUGCUGGGGGCUGGUCAUCUACGCGGCCACCGGGGCCAUCUGCUCGGUACGUCCACCACAGCCCCGGCAGCUCCAAGCGCGGCUUCGGCAUCGACUGCGCCAUCCUCUCCUGCCAGGUCUACAUCUCCCAGAUCCUGGUGGCGUCGGCCCUCGGGGGCGUGGUGGACGCCGUGGGCACCGUGCGUGUCAUCCCCAUGGUGGCCUCCGUGGGCUCCUUCCUCGGCUUCCUGUCCGCCACGUUCCUGGUGAUCUACCCCGAGGUGUCGGAGGAGGCCAAGGACGAGCAGAAAGGCCUGUCCGCCCCGCCGCCCGGCGAGGACAGCGGCGAGAGGCCCACGGUUCUGCGGCUGUCGCGGAAGGAGGGCCCGCAGGGUCCCGUGGAGACGGAGUCCAUGGUCUGAGGGGCUCCGGUGCGCACACGCCCGCGGGGGCAGAGCACGGGCGGCGAGCAGGCCCGCAGCUGCUUCCCCGGCCGUGCCCGCCCAGGCGCCUGCCCGGGCGGCGGGGAGGCUCUGCAGUCGCGUAGGCAGAGCCACGAGGCAGAUGCCACAGGAUUCACUUUCUCCACGAUUAAAAGUCAUUUGAAAUCUUUUUUUAAUUGAAAAGGAUCUUUCAGUUUCACUUUGUCUUCGGCCCGUAGGCACCCUGUGCUGCAGGUUUGCAUUGUGAGCUCAGCUUGCAGUGCCGACCGUGAGCGGCUCGGAGCCGGGAGGGCCCGCCGCCUGGCGCAGUGGGGACCGGAGCCGGCUCCUCGCCGCGCCUUCCCAGCGCGUCAGGUCCCGGUCGCCUGGCCGGUGACUGGCGUUUUCACCAGACGUGUUCUCUGUGGUAUUGGGACGUGUCCGAUCUCGCCACGUCGGUGCUGCAGCUCGCUGCGGGAGAAUAUUUUUGUUCCCGAUUGUUUUAGAAAACAAAUUUGUUUUCCGAAACCUGUUUAGACAGCAUCUCCUCCACCUCAGAGUUUGACACGUGUGCCCGCUCCUCUCCUGGGCAGCGGGCAUGUGGCAGCCACACACCAAAGCCGGGAGGGCAGGGCCCUGCCCUGGGGUGGGGCGAGCGUUUGCGGGGGGCAGGGGGUCGCUCCUGGCUCCGCCCACGGGGACAAGCCGGGCGGCGUUGGAGCGGCAGGUUUGCCCGCAGCGCGUCCCUGCCCAGGUCCCGGCGAGUCGCCGACUCUCAUUGCACUUUGUCUUUCAACCGUCUGCCGGGCCCGCCCAGCCCCACCGCAGGGUGCGGACACGGCCGCCGGCCACGUGCUGGACACUGCUGAACCUCUGACCUCGUCCCUGGUCCCUCGCUUGGCGCUGGAGUCCCCACGGCCACUCCGUGAGGAGAGAACCGUCGCCAGGGCCGUUUGCUGCCGUCGGCGCGGCGUGGGCACGCGCUCGGGCCGCAGACCCGGGAGGCCCACGCCCGAUGGAGCACCAGUUGUAAAACUUCGCUGCCUCAAGUUGAUGUUUUUAAAUAAAGGACUUUAAACUGCA